ACCAAAUUAAAACUUUCAUUUUCUUUGCCUGCUUUCACUCCUUGUUCGGAUAUUUCUGUACUCCUCUACAAAAUCCUCCUUCCUCCAUCAUUCACUUCUCUAAAAACCUCAAUCUCAAAUUCCCACGAAACAAUUUCUCAAUUUCGGAUCUUCUUUGUCUGAUGGGUCAUCUCCCAAAUCUCACAAAAGUCUUCUCUUCUCCCACAAAGCUCCAAUCUUGAAAUUCUAUUCUUCUUCUUCUUCAGACAUAUAAAGAAAGUAUUUCCUACUGAAUUUUCACUUUUUUAAACUAAGCACAUAUGGCAGCUGCAUUUAGAUCGAAACACAGAGCCUCUAUGGCUAUAACCCACUUCAGAUACUUCAUCAUCAAUGAUUUUCAUACGGGUCGUUUACCCAAUUUCCAUUUAUGUACCCGAACCAGCAAAUGGGACAAUUUGCUCUCAAACUCGUCUGCUCCUCAUAAUUCUUCUUUAUUUAAGCCUGUUUCAUUUCUUGGUGAAUUCAAGAGUUCACAGAAUUAUUCAAAUAGGAAGAGUAAUAAGAACAAAGGGAAAAUAAGCAUGUCUUCUAGUAGUAACUACGGGGGGGACCCACCUGAGAUUUGGCAGCCACCUGGUGGUGAGGGAAUUGUGGUUCGUCCAGGUGUCAAGUUUGUUCAGGCUGGUGAAGGGGAAGGGGGUCCCGGGCCGGGUUCUGGAGGUGGGUUUGGUUCCGGGUCGAAAGAUGGGUCUUGGGGUGGAUCCAAUUUGGGUGCCCAUUUUCCUACACCCAAGCAACUGUGUAAAGGGCUUGAUAAGUUUGUUAUAGGACAGGAGAGAGCUAAAAAGGUUCUGUCUGUAGCCGUAUACAAUCAUUACAAGAGAAUAUAUAAUGACUCUUCACAUAAGUGGCCCGCAGGAAAUGACAGUAGUGAAAAGGCAGAUGGAGCAGAAAAUGAAUCCGUGGAGCUUGAGAAGAGUAACAUCCUUUUAAUGGGGCCGACAGGUUCAGGUAAAUCAUGUAAUUUAAAAGCGUCAUUCUCCUUUAUUCNCGUUCCAUUUGUGAUAGCAGAUGCGACUACACUAACUCAGGCAGGAUAUGUUGGGGAAGAUGUUGAAUCCAUUCUAUAUAAGCUCCUUACUGUUGCUGACUAUAAUGUAGCAGCUGCUCAGCAAGGCAUAGUGUAUAUUGACGAAGUUGACAAGAUCACGAAAAAGGCUGAAAGCCUCAACAUCAGUAGGGAUGUCUCAGGAGAGGGCGUCCAGCAGGCAUUGUUGAAGAUGCUUGAAGGAACAAUAGUCAAUGUGCCGGAGAAGGGAGCUCGGAAGCACCCUAGAGGGGAUAAUAUUCAGAUUGAUACGAAAGAUAUUCUCUUUAUAUGCGGUGGUGCCUUCAUUGACUUGGAGAAAACAAUAUCAGAGAGGCGCCAAGAUUCUUCUAUAGGGUUCGGUGCACCAGUUCGCGCAAACAUGAGGACUGGUGGUGUUACAAGUGCUGCUGUGACAUCAUCUUUAUUGGAGAUAGUUGAAAGUAGUGAUCUAAUAUCAUAUGGUCUGAUACCUGAGUUUGUUGGACGAUUCCCCAUCCUUGUUAAUCUGUCAGCUUUAACGGAGAAUCAACUUGUGCAGGUUCUAACUGAGCCAAAAAAUGCACUAGGGAAGCAGUACAAAAAGAUGUUCCAAAUGAAUGGGGUAAAGCUGCAUUUCACUGAAGAUGCGUUAAGAUUGAUAGCUAAGAAAGCAAUAUCUAAAAAUACUGGUGCUCGUGGAUUGCGAUCCAUAUUGGAGAGCCUCCUGAUGGAUGCUAUGUAUGAGAUUCCUGAUGUCAGAACAGGCGAUGACAUAAUAGAUGCCGUUGUAGUUGAUGAGGAGUCUGUCGGAGCUGAGGGGCGAGGAUGUGGGGCUAAAAUCCUUUAUGGCAAGGGUGCAUUUGAUCGCCACUUUUCACAGAAUAGACCAAAGGAUUAUGAGACAAACCUGGAGGGGUCUGACGGAGACCAUGAGGCGGAACAAGAGCUUCCUUCCAUUGUUGCUUUGUAAAUGUUCUGUGAGGUGUAUUUCUGGUCUCACUUGUGUACAGUAUUCUAAAUUCAAAUAAACAUUGUUAAUUUAAUAAGCUCAAUGUGCUUUCAUACUGCA